ACUUAAUCACGUGAUCUUGCAACCGAAGUAGAAAGUUGAGUUGCAGCGCUUUAAUAGUAUACACCCAAUUUUUGAAAUCUUACUGUUCGCCUGCGCAAAGUCGAUCAACCUUGUAGUUUAAGUGGAUACAAAAGCGCGAGUUUAUUCAGACGAAGGUUACACAUUCGCAAAAUGAGGCUUUUUCUGGUUGGAUUGUUAGGGAUCGUCUUGGUCUGGAGUUCGCAGACGACAGCAGAUAAAGAGGAUUUCACAAAUGACGAAAUAUUGGAAGCUGAAGUUCGCGCGAAUAAAAAAAGUUUAGUGGAUGAAUACGCUCAUUUACAAGCGUUAUGCGGCGACGUGUGUUCCGGAGAGGAAGGCGACGAUUUUACGGAAUGCGUAGACCGGUGUGAACUUGAUACCCUCAAACAAUUAGAUGAUGUUGGCGAUGAUAGCGAUGAUGACGAUGAUAGCAAAGAUGGCGAUGGUGGCAAAGAUGGCGAUGAUGGCGGUAAUGGCGAUGAUGGAAUUGAUUACGAUCAUGGCGAUGCUGGUGAUGAUGGCGAUGAUGGCAAUGAAGACAAUGAUGGCGAUGAUGGCAUUGCUGACGUUGCCAGAACAAAUGGAGAGAAAAGGGUUCCGAAGCGAUUGCCGUUUAGACAUUGGAGUAAAUAAGAAAAGAUAAUUCGAUAUACAAAAACGAUGUCCCAAAACGACGACGCAUAUAAACUUAUCGCUGGAAAGAAUUUUUUCAAAUAACAUUAACAUUAAUAGCAACAAACAUCGAAACAGCAUUCGAUGUUUUUAUCAAAUAACUACUAGAUAUAUUGCUCAAUAUAAUGUGUAUGUUGUAAAUUUAAAGUACUCUUCGUGAAAAGUACUCUCUACUAUCUUCAUUUCACGGCAGUUUGUAUAACAUUUUAUUAAUAUAUUUUGCUUGUUUAUCUUUGACGCUACUUUUGCAUUUGUCUUUAUGAUUUAAACUGAGCGUCUGUACUUAUUUGUACUUGAAUACUUAUAAUUGUUCCGUUUAGUUUUGAGCGUUCUCAUGAGUUUCAACUAUCAAAAAGGUUAAUAUAGACACAACGUUUGCACACCUAAAAAUAUUGUGUAUGCUUUGAAUCAUCAUACCGUACCAGCAGAUUAAUAACAAAGAAAUAUAUACAUACCUAUUAAAAUCCUCGAGCUUUGUUUCAA